AUGCCUGGCCGACCCAAUAACAAGUCGGAAUCCACAGACAUGGAGGGGAUCGCGGUCAUUGGAAUGGGAUGCCGGUUCUCCGGAGGAGCAAACUCCGUCGAGAACUUCUGGCAGAUGCUAUGUGACGGACGCACCGGGCAUGGAACCAUCCCGGAGAGCCGAUAUCAAGCCUCGGCUUGGCACCAUCCCAGCCAUGAACGCAAAGGCGCGAUUAAUCAUGAUAGCGGCUUCUUUAUUCAGGAAGACCCAUCCCGCUUUGAUGCCCCUUUCUUUUCUAUCACCGCCAAAGAGGCGGCGGGUAUGGACCCAGCUCAGAGAUUGUUGCUCGAGGUCGCAUAUGAAACCUUUGAAAACGGUGGAAUUCCGAUAGAUUCACUCCCUGGCAGUAAUACAGCAGUUUACUCUGGCUCCAUGACUAACGAUUAUGAGCUAUUAUCGACCAGAGAUAUCUAUGAUAUGCCCCAUAAUUCUGCUACCGGAAACGGGCGGACUAUGUUGGCGAACCGCUUGUCGUGGUUCUUUGACCUCCAGGGUCCGAGUAUCAUGAUGGAUACAGCGUGUUCUUCUAGUCUGACGGCAGUUCAUCUGGCAGCUCAGGCUUUGCGCUCUGGCGAGUGCGGAAUGGCCAUGGUCACUGGAGCCAGUCUCAUCUUACACCCUAAUUUUACACAGAGACUCUCCUAUAUGCACAUGAUGAGCCCAGAUGGAACGAGUCAUUCAUUUGACGAAUCAGCUAACGGCUAUGGCCGAGGAGAGGGUAUCGGAGCUGUGCUCCUAAAGCCCCUGAGCGCCGCGCUGGCCGACGGAGACAACAUCAGAGCCGUCAUCCGCGGCACUGGAAUCAACCAGGAUGGCCGGACCCCUGGAAUCACCUUGCCCAGUCCUACGUCUCAGGCGAAUCUCAUUCGCUCGACGUAUGAACGCCAUGGGAUCUCAAUGAGAGACACUGCGUACUUUGAAGCCCACGGAACUGGUACACCAGUCGGUGACCCUAUUGAGCUUUCAGCAGUCGGAAUGACCUUGGGUGAGGCACGUACACCAGAAGAUGAGUCGGUGUAUGUGGGCUCCGUGAAAACAAACCUUGGUCACACUGAAGGUGCCGCAGGAGUGGCGAGUUUGAUCAAGGUAGUUCUGUGCUUGGAGAAGGCUACGUUGGUGCCAAAUGCUGGUUUCAAAAACAUCAACCCCAAGAUUCGCACCGAUGAGUGGCGUAUACGCCUGAGUGAUAAGACAAUGCCCUGGCCAGAGCAUUUGCCUCAACGAGCCAGCAUCAACUCAUUUGGAUUUGGUGGAUCAAACGCACACAUUAUUCUGGAAAGCACCAAGGAGGCUUUCCAGGACAAUGUUGAAGACAGAGAGCCUGCCCCUCGGGUGGUGGUAUUCUCUACCUUCGAUCAAGCCGGCAUUGAGCGUCUUGGUGGCAACUGGAGUGAAUUCCUUCUUCGGCAAAAGCAGGCCGACCUGGAAAUUCCUCUGAAUGAUCUGGCUCACACCAUGCUGACCCGACGCUCGCAGUUGGGCUUCCGUAGUUUUGCGGUUGCUAACUCCCAAGACCAGUUGCAGGGCACCUUGGCCAAGGGACUUCCCAAAUUCGCACGGGCUAGUCGUAAGGCUCUCACACGGAUUGCUUUCGUCUUUACUGGCCAAGGUGGCCAGUGGGCGGGAAUGGGCCGCGAGUUGUUGCGGAUCAACACCUUCCGUGAAAGCAUGGCACGAUCUCAAGACAUACUGUCAUCCCUUGGGUGCCCCUUCGACAUUGUGGAAGAGAUCAAGCUUGAUGCCAAGGAAAGUCGCAUCAACCGACCUGACCGCAGUCAGCCCAUCACUUGUGCACUUCAAAUUGCUUUGGUUGAUCUCUUGUCCAGCUGGUCUGUUUAUCCCAACGCAGUUGUCGGUCACUCUAGCGGUGAAAUUGCUGGUGCAUACGCUGCAGGAUAUCUUUCCCAUGCCGAUGCCUUGCGAGUAGCAUGGUUCCGAGGUUUCUUCUCCCAGCAAAUUGCUGAGAGUGACAAGAGAGGUGGUAUGCUCGCCACUGGAAUUUCUUCCACGGAAGCCCAGAAGUAUCUUGACGAGUUGCCUCCUCGUUCAGUCGUGGUAGCCUGUGUCAACAGCCCCUCAAGCACAACCCUCUCUGGAGAUGUUGACCAAGUUGAUCUUCUUGAAAAGAGGCUGCAGCAAGAUGGUCACUUUGCUCGCAAACUCCGUAUUGACACAGCUUACCAUUCUCCUCACAUGGAGGAACUUGUGGAGGUUGUUGGAAAUGCCAUCAACUGCAUCAAGCCUGAAGACCGAUACGGUGACUCGAUUCCCAUGCUUUCAUCUGUCACCAAGGAGCGUGUUCAUGGGCCCGAGCUGGGUGGUGCAUACUGGGUGCGAAACAUGGUGAGCUCCGUUGAGUUCACUGCCGCGGUUUCCCAAUUGGCCAAACUGAGCGAGUCCACCAAAGGUCGUCGCCGUCCUGUUCCCAUCAAGUGGACCAGCUUGAUCGAAAUCGGUCCCCAUGCUGUUUUGAAGGGUCCCGUCAACCAGAUCUUGCAAGCGGUCAACAAGAACAUGGCCAUUCUCCCUUACCACUCACUGGUUUCGCGCAACCAGCAUGCGUUGAGAACCGCCCUCGAAACUGCUGGAUCACUGUGGAGCACAGGACACCCAGUUGACCUCUCUGUUGUUAACGCUGGUGUGGACAACACAAAGCCCGCAAUGCUUGCCGACCUACCUUCUUAUCCCUGGAACCACCAGACUUCCUUCUGGCACGAACCACUCGAGACAGCUCAGUUGAGACAGCGCAAGCAUUCCCGUCACGAUAUUUUGGGAGCGGCUGUUGACUACCAGAACGCGCUGGAACCACGCUGGAGAAACUUCCUCCGGGUCUCAGAGAACCCAUGGCUUGUUGAUCACGUCGUUGCUGGUUCCAUCGUCUUCCCGGCCGCAGGAAUGCUGGUUAUGGCUACCGAGGCAGCGCGUCAAUUAGCUGAUGGCCAGGCUAUCAAGGGUAUUGAGUUCCAGGAUGUUCAGUUCAUGCGCGGAGUGGUGAUUCCGGAGGAAGAGAGAGGCCUGGAAACCCUUCUCCAGCUGUCACCCCACCCAGGCCUGCCAGGCUGGUACCAAUUCGGCAUCUUCUCUCUUCCAUCUGGAGGUGGCUGGAUCCAACACGCGAAGGGCUCAUUUGCUACCCGAUACGAGAACGAGGCGGAUGACGAGCGCAAGGCAAACUGGUCGGCGUCACUAGAGCGCAUCAAGAACACACAAACAAAUGCGAAGAUGGCUGAUAUCCGAAAAGCAUAUGAGUGGCUGUCAGUUACGGGAGGACUUACCGUGGGACCUGCCUUCAAGACCAUCACAGGUGUUUCUUUCUGCGAGUCGGAGCCUCGUAUCUGGCUUUCUGGAGUUGUGACCGACACCAAGUCUGGGAUGCCUUAUGAGAAGGAGACCCCAAGUUUCAUUCAUCCCACGACUUUGGAUUGCCUAUUCCAGUCCGCUCUACUGUCUUGCUCCGAAGCACUUGAAAGCAACGACGCAAACAUCCCCGUUGGAGUUGACAACAUCUAUAUCUCCAACAACUUCCAACCUCAAACAGGCGAGCCAUUCGUCGUCCACACUGAGACCAAAUGGAAGGAUGGAAAAUCAAGGUCGCACUGUGUCGCCUCUGAUCCUUCCUGGUCGCAGCCCUGGAUCUCAUUCGACGGUGUGCAUCUCGGUCGUCUUCCCUACAACAACACGCAAAAGCAGGAAGAGUCGGCAUCCCAAAGCCGAUACUCGUCGAUCGUUUGGGAUGAGCACUUGGAAUCUCCCCUUGUCACUGGCGAGAUUCAUGACGGAGUAAAGAAGAUUGCAGUGGAGGCCAGCAGUCUGCAGCUGACUGACUGGAUCAAACGCUUGUGUCACACAUGCGGUGAUGCUACUGCUUUGAUCGCUACUUCCAGUGAAUUAAGCUCUUGGUCCAAGCUCCUCGAAGGCUUGACCCCUGCUGCCGGAAACCGACCUUGCCUAGGAAAGAUUACGCUCGCCCCAUGCGGUUCCGAUGAUGAAUCGGACAGUGCAAUCGUGGGCGCCCGUGUUACGCCUCUCGAUGCACUUGAUAAACUCCCCUCUUCUUCCCUUGCGGAAGAGAGCUACGACCUGGUCAUCAUUGAUGAUGAGCUCAGCCCAUGGAAUGAGAAAGCUUCUUCGGCUAUUCUGUCGGUUUUGCCGAAGAUUGUUGGUAGCGGAGGCUUUGCUGCGGUGCGUGUGUCAGAUGAAGAUCUCAACUCCGCGGUCACUGCGAUGCAAGCUUUGGAGGGUCUCGAAAUCCACAGUGUGACCCAGGAUCGCAAGUACAUUGUCAUGCGCCGAACUCCAGUGUCGUGGAGCACAGACAGAGAAAUCUAUGUGUUGAACCCAGCAGACACCGCCAACUCUGACGCUGUCUUCGGUCAUCUUGAAAAGAUUUUUGCUACCCAUGAUGUUCGACUCAUCUCUGUUGGAUUGGACCAAGUUUCAUCAUUGGAGGGCAAGACUGUGAUCUCAUUGCUUGAUCUGGCAAGCCCCUGGGUGUCCAAGUGGACAGAGAAAGAUCUCAAGCACCUCCAAAAGCUCAUCAAGGCCCAGUAUGUCCUCUGGGUCUCGCCCUGCUGGAGCAAGGGAGAUGCCGAGAACAUUGAAUCUGGUGCCACAGGCGGUCUUCUGCGAACCCUGCGAAAUGAGCAAUUCAACACCACAAUCCCUCAUCUUCUGGCGGAUGUGGAGGAUAUGCAAGAUCACCUUGGCUUGGCAUGCGGCAUCCUGCAGGUCAUGCAGCUCACCACCCAGGAGAGCCCCCGUCGGCCUGACCUUGAAUACCGACUGACAAGUGGAAAGCUUCUGGUUCCACGCGUUUUCAAAACCGCAGCGGUCGAUGAGGCUAUGCACACUCUAAUCGAAGGCCCAAGACCUGUCUUGUCGGAGCUGAGUGAAGACUCAAGGCCACUGCAGUUGAAGAUCGAAGAUGCCGAAAAUGCGAUUUGGCAAGAGCAAGCGCCCCUUGAAGAUCACCUUCUGCCAGAACAGACCGAGCUGAAGGUUGAGAUGGCCACCAUCUUUGAUGUUCAAGGAGAGUCGGGCAAAACUCCCGAGACAGCCCUUCCUAUGUUUGAAGUUGUGGCCCAAGUUGUUCGAAUUGGAUCGGGUGUUCGCGAUUCAGCCGUUGGCGACAAGGUCUUGACAUUGGCCUCCGCAGAUGCUGGACUGCCGACCACGUUACGCGUCCUCGAAAGUGAUACGAUCAGAAUUCCCGCCAACACUAAACCCGCACAAGCAAUCUCAGCACCCCUUGCGUACCUCAAUGCUUAUCAGAUCAUCACGCAAAUUGGCCGCCUGAGCUCAAGCUCCUCUGUCCUUUUAGUUGGGUCACCCAGUCAGACUCUUCGGGCUAUGAUUGAUUACUCUCUCGCGAUGGAGAUCCAAGUCAUCGUGGCUACCGACUCUCAAGUCGCGACUGACUCUCUUCGCUCACGCUACCCUUCGCUGACAGAUCGAAUCCUUGGCAUUCACAGUGGCCUAGAAACAAGUGUGUCUAGGCUUACCAAUGGAUGUGGAGUUGACGCCAGCAUUUCCUUCUUGGGUGGAUAUGCUGGCCGGAAUGCCGCCAAGUGUUUGGUUCAAGGUGGUCAGUACAUCAACUUGUCAAGCGACAUGAAGCUGAGUGCUCUACCUGAAUCUUUCAUUGACAGUGGUUGUACCUUCUCGUCCCCCAAGUUACAAAAGACAUUCUCAGAGAAGCCCGGCAGUCUCCAUGCCUCGGUCAGACAUGUGAUUGACUUCAUGAAGCAGAACCGGAUGCUGGAUCGCGUCGAGCCAUAUUCCUUGUUCCCUGUUUCUAGCAUCCAGGAUGCUAUGAAAAAUUGCAAGGAGACCGACACUCGAGCCAUCGUUGACUUGCAGGCUCCAGGAAAGGUUCCCAUUGUACUUCCUUUGCCUGAUCUUGCCGGCUUGCCGGCUGAGAGCACUUACAUCCUUGCCGGUGGAUUAGGAAACCUGGGUCUUGCACUUGCUGAUACCCUGGUGCAGUCUGGAGCUCGACACCUGGUUUUCCUCGGAAGAUCUGGUAGCGCGCAUCCCAGUCAGCAAGUGGCGCUUGAUCUCCUUCGCGAACAAGGAUGCCAGAUCGAUGUUGUCCGUUGCGACAUCUCGCAGCAAGGAGACAUUGAUCAUCUUGCGUACAAGAUCCGGAGUAAGAACUGGGCUGUUGCCGGUGUGAUUCAGUGCACCACAGUUCUGAAGGUAAUUUAUCCCAUCGCUCUCUUUCCCUUUUUUACACUUACUAAACACUCCUUACAGGAUGCCAUGUUUGAGAACAUGACUUUUGAAGAGUGGACUAAAUCCACUGAUUCCAAGAUCCGUGGAACAAUGAACUUGCACAACCUGUUCUCCAAAAAGGAGGAUUUGAGCUUCUUCGUGGCUUUGUCCUCGGUGGCCAGUGUUAUUGGUAACAUGGGUCAGGCUAACUACUCCGCUGGAAAUGGCUUCAUCGAUGCUCUUAUGGAGUGGCGACGUAACCAGGGCCUGCCUGGUCAUUCUAUUAAUAUAGGUCUUGUUCCCGAUGCCAGUGGGAUGAGUGAUAUUGCCGAAGACCAGGAGCAGCGCCGUCGCCGUUACAAGCAUCUUGAGGGUACUGAGAUCAUGACCUAUGAGAUCCAGAUCUUGCUGCGCGUCAUCAUCAACAGCAAGCUCUCUCUGCCAUCCCAAAUCAUUGCCGGUAUGACGGAUAGCCUCUCUCGUAGCAAUGGAUCUACCGCGUGGGUUUUGGAUCGCAAGUUCGAUCACCGUCUGUGCGUUUCUGUGGAAGACAGUGACUCUUCCAAGAUCACAACCGGUUCUUUACUUAAGGAGGCCGACUCCUUAGAUACCGCUACGCAGAUUGUCAUUGACGCUCUGUGUGAAUAUUUGGCAGAUGCAAUGGCCACUACACCUGACGCCAUUGACCCUGACUUGCCUUUGUCUGCCCUGGGUGUUGAUUCACUCAAGGCAACAUCUGUCCAAAACUGGGUCUCCCACGAGCUCGGUGCGGACCUUACUUCUUUCGAAUUCCUUGGCUCUCAGCCAACCAAGGCACUAGCUAAGAAGAUUGCCUCAGCCAGCUCAUUCGUCACUGAAUCAAGCUGA